AACACACACGAUGUGAGCCUCUGGGCGUAGACGGGUCCCAAAAGUCCGCGUCUUACUUCUGAGUGGCUAAUUCCCGUCGUUUUGCCUCCGCGUUUUCCCAUGAUCCUGGAACCGCUCCCAGUCAGCGAUCAUCUCCAACCGGCGUCUCCUGCCAAGCUUUGUCUCCUGUUUCUUUGCAACUCUCUCUCUCUCUCUCUCUCUCUCUCUCUCUCUCUCUCAAAUUACCUUUGUUUUUUCGAACAAAUCACCUUGAAAGCCCCUUCUCGGUCCUGCUCCUGCACAGGGGCUACAAAAUGGGAACGAAAUUGCAGAUCGUUGCAGUGCUGGGGCCUGGGUGUGGCCUGCGCUGUCGCUGCCACUGCCGCCGACAGGGGGCUGUCGUUCACCGGCACCGUGCCGCUGCAGGAGGAAGCGAGCUACCUGCUGCGCGAGGUGGCCAAGUCUGUGCGGCAGAGUGGCGGAACCACUUACCACCACGUGUGGCCGCCCAUGAAAUUUGGAUGGCAAAUUGUGUUGGGGUCAUUCAUCGGAUUUUUUGGAGCAGCGCUCGGUAGCAUUGGGGGACUAGGUGGGGGUGGGAUCUUCGUGCCGAUGCUCAUCUUGAUCAUUGGCUUUGAUCCCAAGUCUUCCGCGGCCAUGUCAAAAUGUAUGAUCAUGGGGACUGCUGUGUCAACUGUGUACUGUAACCUCAAGGUGAAACACCCAACUUUUGACAUGCCAGUCAUAGACUAUGAUCUGGCACUUCUCAUACAGCCCAUGCUCAUGUUGGGGGUCAGCAUUGGGGUUAUUUGCAACGUGGUAUUCCCUUACUGGCUUGUCACGGUCCUCUUGAUCAUUCUCUGCAUAGUUACUUCAACUAAAGCUUUUCUGAAGGGUGUUGAAACAUGGAAGAAAGAAACAAUAAUCAAAAGGGAGGAAGCAAAACAAUCAGAGCAAACCCGUGAAGAAGAACAAGAGUACAUGACAAUGUCUGCAGGACCUGAUGCCGCAUCCCAGACGGAAACCCUCCCAGUGCAAGAUCAUUAUCGAAACAAUGAAACGCCGUCAGCUGAAGCGGUAUCCAUUUGGAAGAACGUUUACUGGAAGGAGGUUGGCCUUCUUGCCUUUGUAUGGGUAGCAUUCCUUGCGCUUCAGGUCACAAAGAACUACAUGGCAACUUGCUCUAUGUGGUACUGGGUUUUGAACUUACUUCAGAUCCCGGUGUCAGUCGGGGUGGCCAUGUAUGAAGCGGUAGGUUUGGUACAGGGGAAGAGGGUGAUAUCAUCGAAUACGAAUGAGCAAACCAGCCUGAAAGCUCGUCAGCUACUGGUAUACUGCUUCCUGGGUGUCACUGCUGGUGCUGUAGCCGGUAUGCUUGGAGUCGGCGGGGGCGCCAUCAUGGGGCCUCUCUUCUUGGAGCUUGGUGUCCCUCCACAAGUCUCAAGUGCUACAGCCACCUUUGCAAUGAUGUUCUCAUCUUCCAUGUCCGUCGUUGAAUACUUCCUCCUGAACCGGUUCCCUGUACCAUAUGCUCUCUUCUUCACUACACUGGCAUUUUUUGCUGCAAUUGUCGGCCAACGCGUUGCAAGGAAGCUGAUCGGUCUGUUAGGACGGGCGUCACUUAUCAUCUUCAUAUUGUCCUUCACGAUCUUCAUCAGCGCGCUUUCUCUAGGCGGAGUCGGCAUCUCCAACGCGAUUCACAAAAUCGUGCAGCACGAGUACAUGGGAUUCGACAACAUCUGCAAAUAUGAUGCGUAGGACGUUGUACCCUGAAGGCAUGUAAGAGCAGUGUGAUGCCUUGCAGAUGUCAAAGUUGAACCGGAAGGCUACGAGAUCAGAGUUUCAGCCAGUAGCAGCGAAAGUAAUCGAUGAUUAGAUGUCAUGCACUUGCACGUGGAUAUUCAAUUAAUAUAUUUCUUGAGAGGUUUAUGCUACUUCCGAAUUCUCAUAAAUUUAUAUAUUGCUUUUCUCUGGACUA